AUGGCUCUUUCUGAGACGUGGGUACAGUUUGUAAUGGCUGCCACUCUUCCCUGCUCCACAGACCAGGCCAGCAUCCAGGCCGCCGCCCUGCCUGGCACUGACGGCUGUCUGGCCUCCCCGAGGGUCCCUGCAGGACUGGACAUGGCGUGUGCUGGUGGGGGUGGUGCUGCGCUGGAGGUUGUGAGGCCGGGCAGCAGCAUGAGCGGCCGGCAGCGGCGGCAACAGUGGCAGCAGCAGCAGCAGCCAGCCUCAGGUGUGGGGAGGCGCAGUGGUGUUAAAAAUUAUGAGUGUGAUGAGUGUGGGAAGAAAUUUACCACCAUUUCUCGUCUCAAUGAACACGCCUUCAGACACACUGGGGUGAGGGAGUUCGAGUGUGAUGUUUGUGGCAAGUGUUUCAAGACAAAGGGUGAUAUUGCCAGGCACGUGAAGAUCCACUUCUGA